AUGACAUCCAAGUCAUCCAGGCAGGGCAGACCCUCAUCGGCAGGGUCCAAGCAGCCCUCUCAGAGGAAGGAGUGCCCAGCGGGUAACCGCUCCUGUAUGCUGCGGGUCGGGGAGAGGCUGAUGAGGGCUGGGAGUGAGGGAAACCUACAUGUUGUGAGACCCAGACCUGCCCAGCAGACACCACUGGAGGAGAGACACCAAAAGUCAGUCUCCAUCACAGCCAAAGAGUCAGGAAACAACAACCCAAGACUGUCAUCACCUGAGGAUUUAGAGCGCCUCCACAGACAGCAGAACCUAGAGAACCAGAACCACCACUCUGAGCCGCGCUCCCUUAGCACUGUCCCCAGGAGGUAUACCAUCGGAGGGCAAGGGCCCCGCAGCGCCAGGGACCCCCUGACCGUGCAGCACGCUGACAUAGAGAGGAAGAAAGAGGCGUUCCUGGAGCACUUGAAGCAGAGAUAUCCUCACCAUGCUGCUGUCAUCAUGGGCCAUCAGGACCACCUCAGAGACCAUAUCAGGAGCCCCCAGCACUCUGCCAGCCCCCCACCCAGUGUAGGGGAGCAGCUGGAGCACCUCUCUGUGGCCUCUCUGGAGUCUCUGGAGACCAUGUCGGAGGGAGACGGCCCUUCUGCCUUCACCCGGGGCUGCCGGGAACGGUCCAGCCUGCCGGUGGUCCACUCUGCCUACCAGACCAGGGACAGAUCACUAGGUGUGCUCUACCUGCAGUAUGCAGAGGAGACCAAGCAGAUCCAGAUGCCCAAUGAACUCACUAGUGGAGACACCAUCCGGGCUCUGUUUGUGAGUGCCUUCCCCCAGCAGCUCACCAUGAAGAUGCUGGAGUCUCCCAGUGUGGCUGUCUACAUCAAGGAUGACACAAGAAACAUGUACUACGAGCUAACUGAUGUUAGAAAUAUCACACCUCACUGCUGUCUGAAGGUGUACCACAAAGACCCUGCACACGCCUUCAAUCGCAGCAACACAAGGCCCAACAAUGCUGACGGCAGGAUACCAAGGGAGAUACGGUAUGGAAGUCAUAGCCCUGUCCACACUUUACAAUCCACCCGCAGUCCUGUCCACGCCAUUCAGGGGUCCAUGUCUCCCCCCACGGUCCGCUCCAUGCCCUCCUCCCCCUCCAGGAUCCCCUAUGGCCACCGGGCUGGGGGAGGGGUGCCAGGCAGUGCCACCCUCCCCAGGGCCGGCAUGUCCUGCGGGCCACCCAGCAGGUCCGUUACCCCCUGCCCCAGUGCCAUCCUGGAGAGAAGAGACGUCAAACCUGAUGAGGACCUGAGCAGUAAGAGUAUGGCGCUGGUGCGUGCCGACAAGCUGUAUGUCAACGUCACUGACCCCUACGCUGUCCAGGAGGGCCGGCUGAGUAUCGCCUCCUCACAGGGGAGCAGCCACAUGGGGGACGUGGUCGACAUGGGUGGUGGUAGCCUCCACCGGGCCUCGGUCAAGUCCACAGCCUCCUAUACAGAGAACCCGGAGCAGCAGCACUCCCUCUACAGGCAGAAGUCCCGGAGGUACGGGGAAAGCCAGGGACUACCGCCGUUCGGCACCAAAACCCCACCACCUUCCCCUCUAAGAGUGAAUGAGGUCAGGAGGAUUGACAACCACGGCCCUGUGGCCCCGGAGAGAGGGUCUCCUAUUCGCCGGUCCCUGCGGAGGGAGAGUAAUGGUAAUACUGUGGAGGUGGUGAACAGGACCAGGGCUAGUGUGUCCUCUGUGUCCUCCUCUCCUGUGUUCCUGGAGUUCCCCCCAGGGCACCAUGGGGACAAAUUGUUGCAGGGUCACCUCACCCCCAAUGACCCUCAGACCAGUGAGCGAAUGAAGGCCAUGGAACAACAGAUCGCCAGUCUUGCUGGCCUUGUUCAGCAUGCACUUGCUAUUGGGCCAGCUGAGAGAGAUGGAAGGACUGCUUCUCCUUUCCAUGUAAACAACAGUGCAGGAGUGUCACCAGUUCCUGCAGCCAGAAGCCCUGCCCUCCUGGCAGAUGCCUCCUGUGCUCGAGUCUCUCAGGCCCCUCCCCCUGACCCCACCCUGCAGGUCACACUGACCACGGUCAGGAGGAAUGUCACUGAUCUCCGACAGCAGCUGCACCAACUCAGACAGCUACAGAUGCAGAAUCAGGACAGUGUGAGGGUGAUACUGAAGAGAGCGGAGCAGGAGCUGGCUGGGGUGAUGUCUGAGACCCUACAGAGACAGCAGCAUGAGACAGAGCCUGCCCAGAGACAGAGGACCACAGUGGAUGAGGAGAGACACAAGUACCUGGCAAUGGAGGAGAGAGUACUGGCCCAGCUCAGGGAGGUAGAGGAGUAUGUGGACCGUCUGACCUCUGGCCCAGGUCAGCUGUCAGUCACCCUUAGGGACGUGGAGGAGGGAGCUGUCAACCUCAGGAGGGUGGGAGAGGCCUUGGCUGGGCUUAAAGGUGAGUUCCCCAGCCUGCAGGGGAAGAUGCGGACAGUUCUGCGUGGGGAGGUAGAGGCGGUGCGCUUUCUGAAGGAGGAGCCUCACAAGAUGGACAGCAUGCUUAAGAGGGUCAAAGCCCUGACAGAGGCUCUCAGCGGUCUCAGAAGAUGUGUCACAGAGAAUCAUCAUCACGAUCACGAGCCUGGAGCAGCCAAAGCAGCCAUAGAGGGGACUGUAGAGCCUGCCAUUGCCCAGUCUGAUCCCCCACUGAAGAAUCUCCUCACCGUGGAGUCCCCCAAACCCCAGCCCAGGUCCUCUGUCAGACCGCCCCUACCCCAGCUCCAGGGCCAGAACCCCGCAGGCAGGCAAGACAUGGCCCCCACCUCUCCUGUCGCCAUCCACCGUGUGAAGAGCUCUCCCGUCAACAUGCAGCCGUGUCAGCACUCAGCGGCCCUGCCGCACCACCACCACCCCAGCCCCCCGCUGACCCCUACCCAUGGCCGAGACUCCCCCACCGUGGCCAAGGUCAGUCCCUGCAGCCGGGAGAACAGCCCAGCCCUGCAGAAGAGAGUGAUCCCCUGGUGCGGAGAUGGACCAGCCCCCACGGCCAGCAGCAUUGAGACCACCACACAACCACCUGGCUCAGAAGACAACCAAACCAACAGGGGCAGCAUCAAAAACAGAGUCAUGGACAUCGAGACUGCAGAGAGAGAGGGUGACCUGGAGGAGGGGAGGCCACCACAGAGAUCAGCCACCUCUGCUGGGAGUGAGUUUGAGCAGAUUCUCCAGGAGGCCCAGGCCAGCCUGAUGAGGGCCAUCCCCGACCUGGAGUUGAUCGAGACGGGGAGGAGGGAUUCUCAGUCUCCCAAUCCACCCCUAGCUGCAGACCAGCCAUCUCUCCCCCAGACCCUCCCAGACCCAAAGAUGCCACUCAACACUCCACUGCCAGAUAAGGUGGAUGUCCCUCAACCUACUGAGGCAUCUCUUCCAGAACCCACUCAGCCAGCUAAUGCGGCUGCUGAGAUGACUAUACAGGGCAGCCCUGAACGACCACACAGGCCUAUAGUUGAGAAGCCUCGCAGGCCCAGUGUGGAGAGAGAGAUGAGGAACAGCCCAGAGAAAGCAGGGAAGUCCCCUCCACCGCCCCCACCACGGAGGUUCUUCACCUCACCAUCAAGCCCAGGGCUGACCACAGGGAGGUCUGGAGAAGUCGUUUUUACUACCAGGAAGGAAGCCGCCACCACACAGGACGAUGAAGAGGAGGUGUUCCUUCAACCCAGUCCCAAACCCACCAGACAGCCCCCAGAGGUCAAGCCCAAGCCCGAAACCACAUAUUUUAUCACAGCCUCAGCUGAGCCAGAGGAAGAGGAGGAUGAAGAAGAAGAGGAUGAAGAGGAGGACAAAUUCAUGAAGGAACUACAGGUGUUUCAGAAGUGCACUCUUAGUGAUGUAGGCACAAGGUGCGUUGUAGACCUCACAAGCACUGCAUCCCAAGUCAGACAGAUAGAGCCAGAGCUCCCCCUCUCACCCAAAGACCCUAAGGUCAUGUAUUAUGUUAUGGAACAGAUAUCCAAUGAAAAGCCUCCAUCGGGAAGAACAGACCAAUCAGAAGGCAGAGAGGGAACAGUGUCCACCUCACAGGUGGCAAACACAAAUACGCUUGACUCCCAGCAGCCAGAGUUACUAACAGCAGACGAGUCACCUCUAGUAUCAUGUAACUCAAUGGUGGAGAGCCAAGAUUGUCCUCCUAAAACACAGAAGUUAGCAGUUGGAGAAGAUAGUGAGGAGAGCCUCGUAGAUGAGAAUGACCUGAAGGAUCCUGUUCAGAGUCAGAAAAAGGAGGUGGCUGAACCUGUGUGUCCUCCAAUACCUGCAGAGAAGAAGGACUUACUUGUACCUACCGAACGGAGCACUCCUCCUACUAACAGUAUACCAUCAUCAUCAUCAUCUCCACCAGUACCAGUAAUCCAGCCUGUGACUCGUAUAGUUCAGGAGGCUUCAGGUAGUCCAGUGUCUCCUCCACCAGUAGAGAGCGUGAGCCUGGAUGACAGCCAGAGCCAACAGGUAGUAUUGAGGUCAUCCAGAGGCAGAGCACCACGGUAUGUAGAGGAGGGCAGCAGCCUGAGCCCUGACCUCCCAGACAAGGAGGGCUCUCCUCCCCCUGAGAACAUCUCCUUCAUGAUGAUAACCAGCAACAAAGUGCAGGCUCUGUCCACUAGGCAGUACCAGGAGAUAGUAAGUAGUACCAACGGGUCCGAGGUUCAGACCUUCAAGGUGGGGAACGACACCACCACCAGCGUCAGCCAGGAGGAGCACUGUGGCUUUGACAGGAAGCCUGUGAUCAUCAUAUUCGACGAGCCCAUGGACAUCUGGUCGGCCUACAAGCGUAUGUCCACCAUCUUUGAGUGUGAGGAGGAGCUGGAUGUGAUGCUGCACCAGGAGAGUAUCAAGGAGGAGAACGAGGAGGCAGAGAAGAAUGUACCUCAGGUAAAGCCUAACACUGAUCUACAACAGGCAAACAAGACAGCAGUGACAGAAAACACUGCAAGCGGUCACAGUAAUACUCCUGCUGUGGUUGCGCAACAGAUGAGUACAUCAGAGUGCUCAUCGCCAGAACAGUCUAAAACAGAGUCUUCAAAAGGCAGCAAACCAGAGACCAAAAAUAAGCUCAAAUUCAAGUUCCCCAAAAAUAAGCUGGCGGCCAUCAGCCAAGCGAUUCGCACUGGGACCAAAACAGGCAAGAAGACGCUCCAGGUGGUGGUCUAUGAGGAUGAGGAGGAGGGGGACGGACACAUGAAGGAGACCAAGAGGUUUGAGAGCAACAGCAGCAGCAAACCCCAAACUGACUCCAGUCACCUCACCACUGUGAAAAACGUCACGUCACCAAGCACUCUCACCCGGUCAAACUCUAAACACAGGACAGAGGCGAUCUGUAAGAACACCUACGAGUCCAUAAACAGUCUAGAUGAGACCAUUGAAAAGCUAGAGAUCACCAUGGAGAAUAUAACCCCCUCUGCGCUUAAGAUAGACUCCUGUGAAGAGUCUCCAUCCGCUGUGAAACUCAAACGAGAGAGGGAGGGCAGUCCCUCUAAGAGGCCUGCCCCUCCUCAGGUCUCUAAGUCCCUGAAGCCUCAGAGUAAGAAGUCCAAACCACAGCUUCCACAACUUCCCAGGCCGUCCAUCAUGAGCAGCUCCAAGAAACAGAAUACCAGUGGCUCUCCUUCAAGUCGGAUGUCACUUUCUGCAUCUGCAAAGUCCUGGCUGCAACCAGCCGGGUCAGCUGACAAACCUGGAGGAAAAGCUCAGAAGCUCCAGGGCAGUCAGAAGCAGUUUCGACAGGCCAUCAGAAGUACAAAGAAAGCUGGUGGGGAUAGUAACCAUUCUUUCCUUGCUUUACCUGCUUCUAAGAUCCCAGCCUUUUGUCAAAGCUCUGGAAAAAACACGUCAUUGCCGGGUCCUAACUCUGUGUCUAACCCUAUUAAAUCACCUUCAUCCUUCCCGUCCUCCUCACACAAGUCUUUCAUCCCGUCUCUUAAUCUGAGUCAUCUCAUCCCUUCUAGCCCUUCUCUCAAUAACAGACGUCAAAAUCUUUCCCUCUCGUCGCAAACCCAAAAUAGCCGACCCAGCCCUUUCUCUUACUGCUCAUCUUCCUCUUCCUCUUCCUCCUCCAACCCCCCCUCUUCCAACUCAUCCUCUUUGUCCCCCACAUCCACGUCCUCCACCUCCUCCUCCCCUCCCUCCUCUCCCCGACUGCCAUGAGUCAAGGUGUAAGGAGUAUCCACCGCAUUGCACAUAUACCCAGCUUCACAGGUCGCAAAAUGCAAUGUGGACACAGCAGCAAAACCAUACACACACCAGCAGCUUCUUCAACCCUCCAAGGACAUAUCAUGAUCUUUUUAUAUCUAUAUAAAUUAUAGUGGAGGGAAAUACCGUUUUCAUGGCAACAUAAUACAAUUGCAGGGCAAUCUUGUUUCUCUCUAACCCUUCCAUACGUUUUUGAUCAUGAUCAGUUUGAGUUCACAUAAAAAAAAAGAAAAUACCUUGACCUGGUUUUCAUUCAACACUCCCUUUGAGCAAGGGGACCUUUUUAUUUCUGCCUCAGCUUUUGUAUGAUGAUAACCAUAUUAACAAGAUAACUAUGUUGCUUUACAAAUGAUCUACACAAAAAGGUGCAAACAUUCUAGAGUUAAUGCUAAUGCAUUUUAUUUUUAUUGAUGUGAGAAAUCUGUGGUUUUAAUUGAUGGUGUUGAAUAUAAUGUAUAUUUUAUAAGAAUUUGAGUGACACUUAAUAUACAGAUUUUAUCGAAAAUAAAAAUUUAUUAUAUAAAGAAAUCAAAUGAUUUUGGGGAUAGAUACAGUGAGGGAAAAAAGUAUUUGAU